AUGGUAUUGGAUUCAGAUGGAGACGUAGUACUUGUGCUGGAUUUGAAGGAGCCUGUGUCUGAGGUCGUGGUUGAUGCUGAAUCAACUGAUUCUCCAGAGCAUGAAAUGUCUGCUGACGCACCAUCCGAGGAUGUGAUUGAUACUACAUCAGCUGACUCCCCAUUCAAGCCUUCAACCGUUAGCACCUCUCCGACAACUGAGCCAAAGAAGAUCCGCUUCGUGGUAUCGUCUAGACAUAUGAUGCUCGCCUCGCCUGUUUUCAAAGCCAUGUUACGAGGAAGCUUUCAGGAAGGUCUCAAGUUAAAAGAAGCUGGUAAAGUUGAGAUACCGCUCCCGGAUGAUGAUUGUGCUGCGUGGAACAUCUUACUCAAUAUAAUCCAUGGCCGGUACAUGGCCAUUCCACUCCAACUCAAAUUACAAGUAAUGACCCAAAUUGCUGUCUUGGUCGACAAGUAUAGAAUGCAUGAGGUUGUUUAUCUAUUUCUUCCAACUUGGAGGAAAGCAAUGGACUACCCGCCCACUCGCUGGGAAGAUAUAAUAAGUUGGAUUUGUAUAUCAUGGGUCUUCGAAUUGCGAGAAGAGUUUCGGGAACUCACUAAGAAGGUGCAACUAGACUGCGACAAAACUUUUGAGUCUACGAUUAAACUAAUCGACGCAUCUCGCCGCGAAGCAAUGGAAAAUGCUUUUAAUGUCCUUGAAAAAACGAUCUCACAAUACGAAAACCAAAUUCCCAAUUGCGAUACUUUUCACCAAACUCUGAUUGCAUCGAUCAAUUCCGCUGGAGACGAGUUGGUUGGGCUUCUUUUGGGACUCAUUAAGGUUGACGAGAUGAAGCCACAGUGCCCAACUCAAUAG